AGCCGCGCCGUCCCAAGGUCACACAACACAAACUCCCGUUCGCCCACCAGAGAGAGCAAGCUCAAGCUCCAGCUCCGGCGAGAUCUCCGGCGACUUCGAGAUGAGCCGCGGAUCCGGUGCGGGCUACGACCGCCACAUCACCAUCUUCUCCCCCGAAGGCAGACUCUAUCAAGUCGAGUACGCGUUCAAGGCGGUCAAGUCGUCGGGGGUCACCUCGAUCGGCGUGCGCGGCAAGGACUCCGUCUGCGUCGUGACCCAGAAGAAAGUGCCGGAUAAGCUGCUAGACGACACGAGCAUCACACACCUGUUCCCAAUUACCAAGUACACCGGUUUGCUUGCAACCGGCCUCACAGCUGAUGCAAGGUCCUUGGUCUCCCAAGCAAGAAACGAAGCAGCUGAGUUUCGUAAAAAGUGGGGCUAUGAGAUGCCUGUCGAUGUAUUAGCAAAAUGGAUAGCAGACAAAGCGCAAAUAUACACGCAGCAUGCGUACAUGAGACCCCUUGGUGUAGUUGCUAUGGUCUUGGGCUAUGACGAAGAGAAAAAUGCUCAACUCUUCAAGUGUGACCCUGCAGGUCACUUCUUUGGACACAAGGCAACUAGUGCCGGACUUAAGGAGCAGGAAGCAAUAAAUUUUCUGGAGAAGAAAAUGAAGGAUAGCCCGCAGUUCACAUAUGACGAAACUGUUCAGAUUGCGAUUUCUGCGCUGCAGUCAGUUCUGCAGGAAGAUUUCAAGGCUACCGAGAUUGAGGUUGGUGUUGUGAGGAAGGAAGAUCGUGUUUUCAGAGCACUAAAGACUGAGGAGAUCGAUCAGCACCUAACGGCCAUAAGUGAACGCGACUGAGCGGCCAUGGAAUUCACUGGGCUGUAGUGCUUUGGCACUGGACUGUUAUUUUGUUUCAUAGCCAGCCAAGAAACAUUCGCAUGUGUAGCAACAAGAAACAGGCAUCCUCUUGCCGUGUAUUAGCUGGAUCUAUCUUUCUGCGUGGUUUAAUUUGCUAUGAUUUGAUUUGA